CCCCCUCCCUCCCCGGGUGAGGAUUCGCGAGGAGGAGGAAGAUGCGCGCACUCAGAGCCUUCCGCCGACCUUCGCCUCUUUCUCUCGGUCUAACCGACGCGUUGUUGUGACGCCGCCGCCGGAGCGCCUCGUCGGCUGCCCGCCGCGGGUCUCCCAGGUGCUUCGCCCGCCUUCCAGCGGCUUCGACUCCCGCCCCCCCCCCGCCGCCGGGGCUCGCUGCUUUCAGCCACCGCUAGCCGCACCACCGGCAGAGCUCCUGCACCCCCGAGCGAGAGCGAGGCAGAUGCCCGUCGCACUGCUGUCACCCCGGCUUCUACUAUGGUGGAGUUCCCAUCCCUGAGCCCUUACUGGCCGCUUCUUCGCUUCCUGGUGCCUCUGGCGAUCACCAAUGUUGCCAUCGACCUCGGCGAGCAGGCGCUCAACAGGGGCAUCGCCACCGUCAAGGAGGACGCGGUGGAGAUGCUGGCCAGCUACGGCUUGGCCUACUCGCUCAUGAAAUUCUUCACGGGCCCCAUGAGCGACUUCAAGAACGUGGGCCUGGUGUUUGUCAACAGCAAGCGCGACCGCCGGAAGGCCGUGAUGUGCAUGGCGGCGGCGGGUGUCAUCGCCUUCACGCUGCACAUCUUGAUAGCCUACACGGACCUGGGCUACUACAUCAUUAACAAGCUCCACCAUGUGGACCAGUCUGUGGGCCACAAAACCCGCAAGGCCUUCCUCUACUUGGCCGCCUUCCCUCUAUUGGACGCUAUGGCGUGGAUUCACGCCGGGAUCCUCCUCAAGCACAAGUGCAGCGUCAUUGUGGGCUCAGCCUCCAUCUCGGAUGUCGUGGCCCAGAUCGUGUUCGUGGCCAUCCUGCUGCACAGCAACCUGGAGUGCGUGGAGCCCCUCCUCAUCCCCAUCCUCUCCCUGUACAUGGGGGCCCUGGUCCGCUUCAGCAUCGUGGGCCUGGGCUACUACUGCAACAUCCACGACACCAUCCCGGACUCCAGCGGACUGGACGUCGGGGGUGACGCCACCAUCAAGAAGAUGCUGAGCUUCUGGUGGCCACUGGCGCUCAUCUUGGCCACCCAGCGCAUCAGCCGGCCCAUUGUAAACCUCUUUGUGUCGAGGGACCUUAAGGGGACCACUAAGGCUACGGAGGCGGUGGCCGUGCUCACGGCUACGUACCCGGUGGGUCAUAUGCCCUACGGCUGGUUAACCGAGCUGAGGGCCGUGUAUCCCGCCUUUGACAAGAAUAACCCCAGCAACAAACUGAACGCCGGCACUCCCGUCACCAAGUCUCAUAUUAAAAGGUUUACAUUCUGCUGUCUGGCCCUCUCGCUCACGCUUUGCUUUGUGGUGUUCUGGAGCCCUCAUGUCUCCGAGAAGAUCUUGGUGGACGUCAUCGGCGUGGACUACCCCUUUGCCAUGCUCUGUGUGGUGCCCCUCCGCAUUUUCUCCUUUUUCCCGCUUCCAGUGACAGUCCGUGCGCACCUGACCGGCUGGCUGAUGACACUGAAGAAGACGUUCGUUUUGGCCCCCAGCUCGGUGCUGCGCAUCAUCGUCCUCAUCACCAGCCUGGUGGUGCUGCCUUACAUGGGGGUUCACGGGGCCACGUUGGGGGUGGGCUCCCUCCUGGCUGGCUUCAUUGGGGAGUCCACAAUGGUCGCCAUAGCGGCCUGCUAUGUUUACCGACAACAGCGUCACACUGAGCUGUCCAACGAGCUGGUGGUAGAGGGCGAAGACUCGGCGCCCAUGAGCGAGGUGUGCUCGCGCUCGCAGAUGGACGCCAUCGAGGAGCUCCGCGAAGACGACGACGACGAGGAAGGGCGGGAGUGAGCGAACAGGGAUUCCCCCCCCCACCCCCCACCCUCCCUUCUUCCCGCAAGCCGUUACACCGCGGGAAAGACGAAGGAUGAACGCGGAAUUCUCCCGACGGUGCCCUCCCCAUCACCAUGACGACGCACACUGUAAACAAAGCCAUCCGAGGGUUGAUCCGAUGAGUGUACAUAGAUAGCAUCAUCGCUUCCGUCGUGUUUACUGGUAAACAAGGGAAAAGAAAAAGGAGAACACGAGGGAGAAGGGAACAUGCUUUAACAUUGAGUGGAAAUCUAGACAUGUCGUGGGACUUUUUGCUGGGUUGUGCAAUUGUGUUUUACAUAAAAAAAAGUGGUGUACAGACGAUUGUUUUCUAAAGUGUAUAUUUGAUGGAGAUGAGGGGUCAGGAAUCCCUCAUUAUUAAUAUCAUCAUCAUCAUCAUUACCAUUACAUGACGUUUUCACUUCCACGCAGUCUGACCUGCUUGUGUUUGGCCAAUCUUCUUCAUGUGCUGUAUAUAGUGUAUAGACAUUGUUAUUUGGCAAAUAAAUUGCUUUAUUAUUAA